UCUUUCUCGAAAAGAAAAGCCAUCCCAACAACUACCGCGCGCCCUUGGCCUCGAGUUCGGGUACUGUCGCUUCUCGAACCCCUUCGACAAUUUCCGAUCCUCCACUCUCCUUCCUUCUCGCAAACCUGACUGUCCUCAAAUAUGGCCGACAAACUCCGUACCUUGCAGCAACUCGAGUCCCUCCAGGCCAAAUAUGUCGGCACCGGCCAUGCAGACACCACUACAUAUGAAUGGAAGAACAACAUCGUUCGGGACUCCUAUGCCUCAUACGUUGGCCAUCCUCCUCUGCUCGCAUACAUGGCUUUAGGGAUGGGCGAGAAUAAAGAAAUUGUCCGAGGGCAAUUCAUCGAAAAAAUGAUCCGAGCGAGUGGUCCUCCACCCGCGAAAGAUGAGGAUUGAAGAGCAACACUGUCCCCAAUGAGAGAUCAAAUUUACAUUGGGACAGACUCAAUGGAAUAGUCACUUGAAGCGCAUCAGAGAGAGUUAUUGUCGUCGGAAUGGAUUCUACGACACAACUCAUCCUACUCGCGCUCUUAUGCCAGGGCCGUGCUUAGAAUAAGAGGCGGUGACCGGUACAUUAUUUACGCGACACGCUUGAUAUGCACCUCGUUUGGGAAAGCUGAGGUGAAAGGAACUCGACGCUAAUGAUUGAGAAAGGCGCGAGCAGAUCAGGAUGAUCAGAUUUGGGAUAUGAUGAUAAAAGAUACCCCGGAAUUCAACACAGAUAGAGAAUUGAACCUUAUCAGAUACCAAUAUUUGCAGCAAAAAAAAUCUUGCAUAUUCUAAUCAGGACUGUGGC